UAUAUAUGUGUGUGUAAGUGUGUGUUUGUGAGGUUGUGGGUGUGUUUGUGUUUAGAUAUCGCUCGGCUGAUAGUCUGUGUCACACUGCGCUAUGAUUUAACCUCCAGUAACAUGGAGUGAGCGUACAGUUAGCAUUAACCCGUAUAUAAUAAAACUGUCCCAAGAUACACUGGUACUCAAAUUGCUUCCGAAUUUCAUGAGCCAUGUAUCGCAGGAAAAACACCCUCAACCAUAAAGCCACAACAACAUUUCUGAAGCCCAUCUUGAAGCAUGCUCCAGCAGCUAUCGUGCCUCUUGGCCAGUCACGUAGUUUAUAAUAAUAAGCUGACAACACCGGGUUGAGGUACUUAAGUAAGCUGCUGGUUUUACCUUCUUUUCUCCCCUCAGUUCCCUCACACACACUCAGGUUUACGCACGCACGAACGCGCGCACGCAGGCUCCAGUGACAGGCUCCCACUCAGGGCUGAUUUACAGUAGGCUAGGCUACUCGCAUAUUUCUCUGCUCUUUCCUUUAUGUCCUUUCUUUUCUCUGUUUCUGUUUGCUGGAAGCCUCGCGCUGUCCGGAGUUAUUGGUGCGAGGGGGCUACCGGGGGCUACCGGCGCUCCGGGGCGCGUGCUUUGCAGCUCUUAUGUCGUUCUCUUGGUUACCGGUGCGCGCAGGGCCAGAGCCCCACCGACCGGCUCGGUCUGAGAAUAAAGUAAAAGGGGGGCGGGUUCAUUAAAAAAAGUAAGAAAAAGGCAGAAUGUCUCACUUUGUACAAAAAUAAGUUUGUUUGAAGUAAAAACACUUCAUCUUCAUCUCUUUAACGCCCUCGGUGGCUCUGAUUAGAGCGUAUUUACGCAGUUACGGGUUUAGCUUCACAACUUUAUGUAAGAAUGAGAUGACUUCAACUUAUUUCAAAUGGACUCUCAUUUGUGCUGUUACUGUAAGAAAAUCAUUUUUCAGGCCUAAAGGGGUCUCUUUUUUUCUCUCAGUGCUCAAAUGGCUCCAUACACAAUUUAAUAAUGGCUUAACUGUUCCAAAUCAGUCCUAAUCAAAUAAAUGUUAUACAGCUUGACUUGUUUAUUUACUCUGGUUUGUCCUUUUUUGUUUAUUCCAACCUAUUUGGGGACUGUUAAAAGCCAUAUUCCGACAAAAGAACCACCGACAGGGGGUUCGUGGGUGUCCAGUAAGUCCUUUGAGAAGUGGUUCAAAGUUUGGUCAAAAGUGGCUGCUGACAUGAAGCUGCAGGUGCCCCUAGUCUUGAUCCGUAUGAGGGUUGUGGGUUGUCACCAAGCUGUUUUGCGAUACACACAGGGAGACUGUGUGGUCUUCUCAACUUGACCGUCUCAUAGAGGGGUCUGUGUGUGGCGGAGAGAGAGCCACAGUGAGAGAGAGACAGAGUAUAUAGGAGUGUGUUACAGAAAGGGGGCGCUCUGGGCCUUGAAAUCUUCCGGCCACGGUGCACCCUGCUGCAGUGAGAGGGAGUCGGAGGCGCACGGCGCACAGGAGCCCGCUGGUCUGGUUUCAGGUCCGACUCUCCCAAUUUUCUAGAUUUCUCUCUCCCCUCUGGAUGAACCCUGAGCAGGCGAAUGCGGUGGUGAUCAGAGGCAAGAAAAGCGAUGGCCCGGAGGCACUGGCGCAAGCUGCUUUUAUAAAAGUUGUCACUUUUGUAGGCACAGGUUCGGAAGAGCGCGCCCAGCCGAGCUCGGAGCCCCGGCGAUCGGACACUUCCUUAGCGACGCCCGCCGAGCCCUCCCCGCUCCAGGAGCCCUGCCCCGGCCGCAGCCACGCCACCCCUAAAUCCCGGACACCCAGCACCAUUCAGCGCGAGGCUCUUUCACCAGAUAUGCCCUGUGUGCAGGCUCAGUACGGGCCGGCCCCUCCAGGCUCAGCCUACUCUGGCCAGUCCUUCAGCUACCAGAGUGAAAGCUACAGCUCUGACCUCAUGACCCCCGACUACACCAAGCUGGACCUGGGUGGGGGUGAGAUCUCUGCAGCUGCCACCACCUCUCUCCCAAGCUUCAAUGUCUUUGUGGAGGGGAGCUACGAGCCUAAGUCCUCGUGCCUCUACCAGAUGCCAACACACAGGCCCACCAUCAAAAAGGAGGAGGAGAGCUACCCAACUGCCCCACCCCUGGAGGCCAUGUCCUCCUCCACCAUGUACUUUAAACAGUCUCCCCCUUCCACUCCGACCACCCCGUCUCUGCCACCCCAGCCGGGCACCUCCUUCCUGUGGGGGAGGAGCACCCCCUGCCUGGAGACCGGCCCCCUCAAGUCCCCCCGUUUUCCCCACUUCUACCAGCAUUCGCCGCCCCACAGUGGAGGCAGCGUCGGCGGUUAUGACAGCCUGGGAGGAGGGCUGGUUCGCACCUCUUCUUCCUCCUCCUCCUCCUCAUCAUCAGUCUCCCAUCCUCACGGCCCACCCCUGGAGCAGCCUAUGUACCAGCUCCACCGCGGAGCAGGGAGCAGCAGCCUCGCCUUCCGCUCCCUGGCACUUGGACCUUGUGGCCCUCUACUAGCAGACAGCUUGCCCUCUCCACCCCCGCGUGGCCCACAGGGAGAGGGAACCUGUGCAGUGUGUGGAGACAACGCGGCUUGCCAGCACUACGGCGUACGCACAUGUGAGGGCUGCAAAGGCUUCUUCAAGCGCACCGUGCAGAAAAACGCCAAGUAUGUCUGUCUGGCCAGUAAGAACUGUCCUGUGGACAAGAGGAGACGCAACCGCUGCCAGUACUGCCGCUUUCAGAAGUGUCUGAGCGUGGGGAUGGUGAAGGAAGUGGUGCGUACUGACAGCUUGAAGGGGCGCAGAGGUCGCCUGCCUUCCAAACCAAAGAGCCCCCUGCAGACGGAGGCAUCUCCUCCUUCUCCACCCCUCAGCCUCCUCUCUGCUCUGCUCAGGGCUUAUUCUCACUGCACACCUCGUGACCUUGACUACAGCCAGUUCAGCGCUGCCGACCCGCCAUCCUCCUCCUCGGACGUAGAACACAUCCACCUCUUCUACAGGCUGCUCACCAUCUCGAUGGAGACCACAAGGUGCUGGGCAGAGAGGCUGCCCGGCUUCUCCGAGCUUCAGCGUGACGAUCAGAACCUGCUCAUAGACUCCGCCUUCCUGGAGCUGUUUGUGCUGCGAUUGGCUCACAGGUCGAUGCUGUCGGAGGAUAAACUAGUGUUCUGUAACGGCUUGGUGCUGCACAGGUUCCAGUGCCUUCGUGGGUUCGGAGAGUGGCUAGACUCCAUCCAGGAAUUCUCCGCUCACCUCCAGAACCUAAAUCUGGAUACCUCUGCCUUCGCCUGCCUGGCCGCCCUUGUGCUGCUCACAGAGCAAGUCCCCGGUCUGAAGGACUCAAAGCGGGUCGAGGAGUUGCAGAAUAAAGUGAUCUGCUGUCUCAGAGACCACCUGGGCUGCAGCCCUUCAUCCUCCUCGUCCAAGGCCGCCCCUUCUCUGAGUCGUAUUUUGGGUAUAAGGGAAGAGCUUCGUUCCCAGAGGACCCAAGGCCUUCAGCGAAUCUUCUACCUGAAGCUGGAGGAUCUGGUAGCGCCUCCGCCGCUGAUUGACAGGUUCCUGGACACUCUGCCCUACUGACAACUCGGGCUGACCACGCAGCAAAACGAACCCACAUCACGUCCCGUCAAGGCCUUUCCCCAAAGGAGCAUGCAAACACACCCAGAAGAGAGAGAAGACGCACUCUCUCUCGAGACUGAUGCAGCGCACGGAGAGCCAAUCAAAUAUUUUUGACUCGACGGGGACAACCAAACGAGAGCGCCUUUCACUCAAACGGACUACCAGCUAAAUGCUUUUCACCUGUAUAAAAGACAAUUACUCAAACGCUUUACCACUUUUUAUUUGGUCCUCCUGUUUCGCCCCACGCUGGGAGGGGGGGGAGGAUGAUGAGGCCGAGAUGGACAGGAGAAAAGUGACUUUUUUUUCUUUCUUUUUUUGACUGUCCUCGCUCCAUCUGGGUUGCAGCUUAUUCGGCAAAAAAAAACAAAAAAAAAACAAAGAAAGAACCGAAGUUUAUGAGUACUGUUUAUCUGUGUUUCGGCCCGGCUCGGUCUGUCUGAGGACUUCCGUUUAGAAAGGAGGGCUGGGAGAGGUGGCGGUGUAAAAGAGAGAGUGUGGGGAGGGGGAGGUGAUCGUUCCGAAAUGUGCCGACAUAUCAGAGGUGGAGCGGCGUAGGCGUAGGUGGGCCGAAAUGUUACGACGCAGGACGCAGGUGUUUCAUAAACACAUGGAAGUGGCUGUUGAGGCGGGCUCUUAAUUACAAGUGCAAUUCCUUAAGUGCUAUCGCGCCACAAGAGGAAGGGAUGGAGAAGGAGGGGGAAUCUAAUUUCAAACUCUAAAUUAUUUUAAUACAAAAACUUGUCCUGUACUGUCAGUAGCUAAAAAGAAAGACAGUCUCCCAUCUUGCUUUAGACAGCAGAGGAGAUACUGUGCACUAACGAUCGAUGACUGAGUCACCCAGACUUGAACUUUCUCUACUAUGUGGUUUUUUGUUUUGUUUUUUUGUUUGUUUGUUUUAUUAAGUCGUUUUGAAAUCAUAGGUCGAGUAGGAGUGUGGAAGAAUGAACAUGGACAGAAAUUGGCUUUGGAAGCACUUAAACCCUGAGAAGGGCUAGAAGCACAGACACACACCCUACCUGCUCACCUGGAGAACGGGGAGAGGAGGGUGCUCGACAGAUAGCUGUACGUCCGGGGGUGAAACAUUCCACGUUCAUGCUCUUUUUCUUUAUCGUUUUAUAUAUCGCGGAGGCUGUGUGAGUGUGGAGGACAUGGUCGCCUACCGUCUUUGUGUGUGCGCUUAGAGAAGCCAGGAUCAUAUGCAUGGUGUGUUAUAAGCUGUCGAGAGCUGGCAUAGCCUGUCAAAACAGCUCGACCUGUGUUUGUGUCUCAGACUGCAGCUCUAUGGGAAUCUCCCCAGGGCCUCCACCACCCACUCACACCCUCACAACGAUGGCGGUUUUAAAAUAAAAAAAAAAAUCAAAUUCUAUAGAUAUAAAUAUAUAUAAAUAUAUAUAUAUAUAUAUAUAUACAAAACUAAUAUUUUGAAGUGUUUUUAGCUUUUUCAAAUAUUGUGGUACGAGUUGUGCAUUGUUUUUUGAAGAGAAACAAAAAAAAGAGAAAAAAAGUUGCUGUUUUUUCAAUGUCCUUCUUUGGUUAGAGUUUCCUGUUCGAUAUGUUGUUUUUUUUUUCUUUCUCUUUGGUUCACUGGAUUUUCUGUUCAGCACUUUGAAAUCAUAAACUAGUUCUGAUUAUUCUGA